AGGGACCUGUACCUCAGGGAAUACGGGGAUGGCUGCAGAGGCAUCUGGUAUUGUCCUUCUGCCACUGUCUUAAAAGGGAUUCUGCAGGGAUUUUCUUUCCCUUGUUCCUCCAGCCCUACACUUGCAUUACUGGCCUCAGUGGAUAUGCACCAGCUGGCCGUGUCCAUCAUUACAGCCAAGGCUGAGAAUUCCUGAUUAUACUUAGAGCCUGUGGAGCUGCUGACACAAACAGUCAUUAGCAGACGACCCUUUUGUAACAAACUACGCCUUAAAAUGUAAACUGUGGGCAGGGGGCAUUUUCCUCGUGUUCUCCAGCAAGAACUUUCUCCUGCUGAGUGAGCCUGGAUUAACCAUGAGAGAACUUGUCAACAUUCCACUGGUACAUAUUCUGACUUUGGUUGCCUUCAGCGGGACUGAGAAACUUCCAAAAGCUCCUGUCAUCACCACUCCUCUGGAAACAGUGGAUGCCUUAGUGGAAGAAGUGGCCACUUUCAUGUGUGCAGUGGAAUCUUAUCCCCAGCCUGAAAUUUCCUGGACCAGAAAUAAAAUUCUCAUUAAGCUCUUUGACACCCGGUACAGCAUUCGGGAGAAUGGGCAGCUCCUCACCAUCCUGAGCGUGGAGGACAGUGAUGAUGGCAUCUACUGCUGCAUAGCCAACAAUGGCGUAGGAGGAGCUGCGGAGAGUUGUGGAGCUCUGCAAGUGAAGAUGAAACCUAAGAUAACUCGUCCUCCCAUAAAUGUAAAAAUAAUAGAAGGACUAAAGGCAGUUCUACCAUGUACUACCAUGGGCAACCCCAAACCCUCAGUAUCAUGGAUUAAGGGGGACAAUGCUCUCAGGGAAAAUUCCCGCAUUGCAGUUCUUGAAUCUGGGAGUUUAAGGAUUCAUAAUGUGCAGAAGGAAGAUGCUGGACAUUAUCGAUGUGUGGCAAAAAACAGCCUCGGGAUGGCAUAUUCUAAGCUGGUGAAGCUGGAAGUUGAGGCUCUAAAUAUGACCAAUGUCACAGAGAGAGAAGAAACUGAACCCGAGCAAGAUACUAAAGUUUUUGCCAGAAUCCUGCGGGCUCCUGCAUCCCACAAUGUCACCUUUGGCUCCUUUGUGACCCUGCGUUGUACAGCAACAGGCAUGCCCGUCCCCACCAUCACCUGGAUUGAAAACGGAAAUGCUGUUUCUUCCGGGACCAUACAAGAAAGUGUGAAAGACCGAGUGAUUGACUCAAAACUGCAGCUGUUCAUCACCAAGCCAGGACUCUACACGUGCAUAGCUAUAAAUAAGCAUGGCGAGAAAUUCAGUACUGCAAAGGCUGCAGCCACCAUCAGUAUAGCAGAAUGGAGCAAAUCACAGAAAGAGAACAAAGGCUACUGUGCCCAGUACAGAGGGGAAGUGUGUAAUGCUGUCCUGGCAAAAGAUGCUCUUGUUUUCUUCAACAACUCCUACGCAGAUCCUGAGGAGGCCCAAGAACUACUGGUCCACACGGCCUGGAAUGAACUGAAGGCAGUGAGCCCAUUCUGCCGGCCAGCUGCUGAAGCUUUGCUGUGCAAUCACAUCUUCCAGGAAUGCAACCCUGGAGUAGUACCUAGUUCUACACCCAUUUGCAGAGAAUACUGCCUUGCAGUCAAGGAGCUCUUCUGUGCGAAAGAAUGGCUGGCGAUGGAAGAAAAGACCCACAGAGAACUCUACAGAUCUGGGAUGCAUCUACUCUCCUUGCUGGAAUGUCACAAGCUCCCCAGCAUGCACUGGGGCCCCAUGGCCUGUACCAGACUGCCAUAUUUAGAUUAUAAAAAAGAAAACCUAACAACAUUCCCACCAAUGACGUCUUCAAAGCCAAGUGCGGACAUUCCAAAUCUGCCUCCCUCCUCUGCCUCCUCCUUCUCUGUCUCACCUACGUACUCAAUGACUGUAAUAAUCUCCAUCAUGUCCAGCUUUGCCAUAUUUGUGCUUCUUACCAUAACUACUCUUUAUUGCUGCCGAAGACGAAAACAAUGGAAAAAUAAGAAAAGAGAAUCAGCAGCAGUAACCCUCACGACUCUUCCUUCUGAGCUCUUGCUAGACAGACUUCAUCCCAACCCCAUGUACCAGAGGAUGCCACUCCUUCUGAAUCCCAAAUUGCUCAGCUUGGAGUACCCAAGGAAUAACAUUGAGUACGUGAGAGAUAUUGGAGAGGGAGCAUUUGGAAGGGUCUUCCAAGCAAGGGCUCCAGGUUUACUCCCCUGUGAACCUUUCACGAUGGUAGCCGUGAAGAUGCUCAAAGAGGAAGCCUCAGCAGACAUGCAGGCAGACUUCCAGAGGGAGGCAGCCCUCAUGGCAGAAUUCGAUAACCCCAACAUCGUGAAACUCUUAGGCGUGUGUGCUGUGGGGAAGCCCAUGUGCCUGCUCUUCGAGUACAUGGCCUACGGUGACCUCAACGCAUUCCUCCGCGCUGCAUCCCCGCACAGCAUGUGCAGCCUCAGCGACGGCGACCUGUCAGCGGGGGCUCAGGUGGCCGGCCCCGCACCCCCACCCCUCUCCUGCGCCGAGCAGCUCUGCAUGGCCAGGCAGGUGGCCGCGGGCAUGGCCUACCUCUCGGAGCGCAAGUUUGUCCACCGGGAUUUAGCCACUAGGAACUGCCUGGUGGGUGAGAACAUGGUGGUGAAAAUUGCCGACUUUGGCCUGUCCAGGAACAUCUACUCCGCUGACUACUACAAAGCUAAUGAGAAUGACGCGAUCCCCAUCCGCUGGAUGCCCCCCGAGGCCAUUUUCUACAACCGCUACACCACGGAGUCUGACGUGUGGGCCUACGGCGUGGUCCUCUGGGAGAUCUUCUCCUACGGCCUGCAGCCCUACUAUGGGAUGGCCCACGAGGAGGUCAUAUACUAUGUGCGUGAUGGCAACAUCCUCUCCUGCCCCCAGAAUUGCCCCCUGGAGCUGUACAAUCUCAUGCGCCUGUGCUGGAGCAAGCUGCCUGCGGACAGACCCAGUUUCGCCAGCAUUCACCGAAUUCUGGAGCGCAUGUGUGAGCGGGCCGAGGGGACCGUCAGCGGCUGAGGUCAGGGGUGUGCAAAGAAGACCCUGCAGUCUCCUGUCAGAGUCUGGGAGCCAGGGGAGUCCAACGUCCGAGGCCCGACAGACCCCGGGGAGGACAGAAUAGUGGUGCACAUGAGUGGCACGUUGUUAAAGACGGUGCAGAGCCCAGACUGACCUGUUCCAGGUCGAUGAUUGGAAAGGCAGGCUGGGCACUGUGCCAGAUAACCAGAGACGACGACUCCUCAUGGGGAAAGUUUGUACCACACAGUCUACGGGAAAUAAUGCCAUCCUGUUCAGUUCCUGAAUUAGCUGGCAGCACAGUGAGGCUCUGCUCUAUUACAUUUUAAUGUGAAAUGUGAUACGGAGCUUCAUUUUUAAUGCAGUUCAUUCCCAUCCAUUACGAAAGUAGUGUAUCUUCCUGUAAUAAAUUAAGGUAAAGCCCCCAAAACCGUUCAUUGUCUCCCAGCUCAAAGACGGGUGUUAGUUUUUAAUUGAAUUUCUUUCUCGCAUUUAUGUUUGUGUUCUACAGAGUUGUGGUUCUACUUUAUUGACAGGGAGUUUUAAGGAAUAAAAUGACCCAUCAAGAAGGCUAUAUUCCGAUUGUGAUUUUUAAACUCCCAUUUCUGUCUUUGGCUUCUAUGCCUUUAGAAGUUUACCCUUUAGAAGUGCAGAGUGUGCACUUGCAUAAACUUAAUCUGCUUAUUCUUAAUAAGUUUUUUUCUGAAAAAAGUUUUCAUGUCUUACAAGUUUACCUUUUUCUUUGAAAUUUGUACCGGUAUCUCUUCCAUUGCUUCCAUUUUGUUUCUUCCUCUUUAUAGAACUUACUGUCCUUUUUUGGUUAUUUAGUUUUUUUUUCUUUUUAUCUCAUAUAUAUACAGUACACACUGUGGCAGAAAUAAAAACUUUUCAAAUAGUGUUAUAGACUGAUAACAAAGAACUACCAUUUUCUUCUAUAUUUGCUUUGGAAGCCACACAUUUCACAUUUGCCAUCCACUAAUGUUAUCGCCACAGUCUACUUAUCUCUUAGACCAUAGUUGAUAAUAUGUGAUUUCUCAAGAUGUUCUUCUGGCCCCGAGUUAUUUCAAACUUGAUGUUUCUGUGCAUUCUGACAUUUUUUUUCCUUCUAGAGACAAAUUCAAUAUGCAGCAGAAUUAGCAUAGUGUUGAGAACCAACUUUCUGCAUGACUGUUAACCUAUCUUAUUACAUUUUACAAUUUUUUAAAAACCCUCUGGAACUCAAAUACCUGGUGCACAAGAUUUCUCUGUGGUGCCCACAUGAUAUAUCUUUAUCUAAGGCCAAUGUGAAUAAUGUGAGUUUAUUCCUGACCCAGUAUGAACCCAAACUCUCCUGAAAAGCAAAUAAACAGGGAAGAGAAAAUACCAGCUUCCUUUCACCCAAACUAAUUGGUAGUGAGGGCAAUGGAGAAAUGGUCUGAAUUCUUGAAAGCAGACUUCAGCUGUCUGCUGGAAAGACCCACCUGAAAUCCCCAAAUCUGCCUUCAUGCAGCAACUCGUUAUCUAUGUUGGAAAACCUGCCAUUUCUUUUGCACAGUCCCUCCAGGCAACCGAAACAAAAACAUACAAAUGACCCUUGGUUUGGCCCUCUCCUUCACCCCUCAUAUUCUACCCAUUUUACUUUAAAAAAUUCUGCUCACAUCCCCUUCCCUUCACUCCAACUGCUCAUUACUCAAACUCUAUUACUGCCUGUUAAUUAACCUUUCUCCCGUUUCAGGCCAGAGCCCAUUUCCUGGGCUGUGUCAACGUAAGGAUGUGCUCUUUCAUAGUUUUGAUUCAUAAAUAGGGAAAUCAGACGUUAGGAUUGAGCCCUUGAGAGGUACUUUAAAGUCAUGAUUGUAAGUCCAAAAUUAAGACAGUCAUCCAAAGGGCCAGAAGAAUGAGGUUGCUGUAUGAAUCUAAAACAGAAGGCCAAGAGGCCACCAAGAAAAAAAAUCGGAGAGGCCACCCGUAAGUCUAGAACUUUCAUGUCACAAUCCUCAGCAUACUCUAAAAGGUUCACAAUGUGUGUCAUAUAUGCUCUGCAAACUUCAAAAGAUGUCUUCAGGUUUCAUCAGCUGAUGGAAUUUUGUUAUAAAAGAAAGAUAGGGAAGUCAAGCCAAUCAAAAAAUCUACCCCACAGAAAAGCAGGGUCAAGACAGUUACGCAGAGUACCUGCUACGUGGAUCUUGUUGCCCCUCAGAGUCAGGUUUCCAUAGCCCAGUUCUAGCAUCUGCCAUGUUCAGCUCUUCUCUGAUUCCCUUUCCACUGCUGAUUUACUGCCCAUGCUUUCCUAUCUCUUCCUCAUGACUUACAGAUUCUCUAUGUAUUUUUAGGCUCUAGUGGUAUUCCAGAUCCCAGAGCACAAAAAUCAAAGACUCAGAGGCAAAACAUAGUGAGUGAAUGAGUGAGUGAGCAAGCAAGUAAAUAUUAUGAAAUCCAUUCAACUUUAUUUAAUAUUUAAGUAACUAAAAACUAAAUAACAAGUAGAAAUUCCAUUACAGUAAUAGUAGUAAUAAAAAUAAUACUAUCAGGUAGCAUUUAUUUACCGAAUGCUUACCAUGUAUAUUCCAAGACCUCUAAAUACAUCAGCUUAAACCAUACAACAUCCCUAUGAUGUCAUUACUAUCAUUAUACCCAUUUUCAGGCGAGGAAAAUAGGCACAGAGAGAUUGUGUAACUGGCCCAGACACACACAGCAACCCAGCCUAGUUUAUGACCAAAAGAGGCUGAGCUCUCAACCACUGCAGUACUUCAGGGGAAGGCUUAAGGGAACAACUGAAUCUCGAUGACUGUGUGGAGGUGAUUUGUAUUUGCAUGUAGUUUCAAAGCACACACUAUAACCCUUGUAUGAUUAAUUUCCUAUCCAAGUCUUUAAAAUAAAAUACAUUUUAGCAUUGUCAAUUUAAUCAAGCAGUCAAUAGAUGCCAUGUUUAUUUUUCCAUUAGUUCUAAAUGCAUUUUCAAGUUAUGUGAAGAUCAUGUCUUAUUUCUUCAGUGUUCGUCCCAAGAUUCUGUAUCUCAGGAGCAUGGACUCAUUGUUUACCAGUAUUGUUUUCUUUUCUAAAUAAAGAUUUUACCCAUUGUUGUAUAAAUUCAGAGAGAGAAGAGAGACAGUACCAUUGCUACCAAGUUUCAAGACAGGCAUCAGUGAGAAACUAACAAGUCAUUUUAAAUGGUCGAAUAUCAAACAUGACAAGAGUCAGGGUAUUGUACGUGGCAGCAAAAGGACACGUCCCCUGAUAUUGUGAUGGAGAAAAAGAACACUUCUUUCUACUUUGCAAUAUGCUAUCAACUGUUCCAUGUCAUUAACUAGUCUUCUAAAAGUCCGAUUUAAUUUCUGAAAAGUACCUCACUUUAUGAAUAUAUAUAAUUUAGUCAGUUUUGUAUUUUUAAACAUUGGAGGUUUUUCUAAUUUUCACUAUUACAAACAAUACCACAAUGAUCAUCCUUAUUUGCACAUGUCCAUAAUUAUCUCUUUAUGGAAAUUCUGAGAAAGGGAGUAUCUGGGCCAAAUGGCCUACACAGUAUUAAGGCUUUUGUUAUGUGUUGUCAUAUCCUCUAGAGAUAUUGUUCCCAUCUCUGCAUUGUACAAGAGAUCUCAUAGCUGUCAAAGAGAAUUCUCUAUUUUUAGUAGCCUUUUUUAUUUGGGUGUAGGAAAAGAUUAUCUCAUUUUAAUUUUAUAUUUGAAAUGACUAGUUUGAGUUUUCUUGUUCCUUUAAGUCUUUAUUUUGGGACUCAUCUACAGGCCAUUUUUCUAUUGCGGUGUUUGUUUUCUAAUGUAUUUGUAUGAGUUACUUUAUUAAGAAAAUAUUAAAUCUUUGUCAUACUUUACACAAAAGAGAAAAUAUGUGUACAUAUCUUCAUCUUAAAAUAUCAUUUACUCUUAUUUUGUGAAAAGAAAAAAUGAUAAUAUUCAAUAAUAAUAUACAAUGUAUAUAAUGAAGAAAAUGAAAAAAAAAUACCAACCAAUGGUAACUAAUAUUAAUAUCAUGAUAAAUAUUAUUUCAGCCUUUUUUAGAUAGGUAGGUGGGUAGAUAGGUAAGUAGAGGGAUGAUAAGUAGAUAAUCAUUUUAAACAUAAACAAGAUCAUAGUAUUUUUUUUGGCUUCAGGGUUUAUUUCUAUCACUGAAUUUAUCAUAAACAUCUUUCAUACCAACAAGUAUUCAUGUGCAACAUCACUUCUGAUGGUUGAAUAAUAUUCUGGUAUAUGGACUUAUAAUUUGUUUAACUAUUAUUCCACUGUUAAUCAUUUGGUUGAUUUCUAUUUUUCACUAUAAAGUACAGUAAUUUGAUAAUUUCUCCUAUUGCUCUAUUUUGUGAGCAUCUGUCUCAAGUGAUUUCUUUAGAUGUGAAUCCUAGAAAUAGAACUUCUCUCUUUUAAUCCUUUCUAAUAUAUUGACAUAUUACUUUCCCAAGUCAUUUUAUCAAUGUAUGGAUCUUCCAGCUAGGCAAGAGAGCCUAUUUCUUUCAGCUUCAUCAAUACUGAGCAUUAGCAUUUAAUAAUUGCCAAUAUAAUAGCUUCAAAUUUUUUUAACGUAAAUUUUAAUUGUUAUAUUGUAGUUUAUACUUAUAUUUCUUUAAAUAAGAGAAGUUUGAACAGUUUUUCAGUGUUUUGGGGUCAGUGGAUUUACUCUGUGAUUUGCCUCCCACUGUUAUUUUUCUAUUGGGUACAUCUUUUUCUUGUUGCUUUGUAAAAGCACUUUGCAUAUUAAGGAGUUAAAUUUUGUCAAACAUGUUUCAACCACUUUUUCAUGUUAAACAUGUAUACUUCUAUUUGUUUCUUAUUAUAAGACUAUUGAUCAGGAAAGAAUAUUGAAUUUUUACUCUGUUGAGAUGAUUGUGGCUUUUUCCUUAAUUAAUUUGUUAAUAUAUAUAAAUACAGUCACUGGUUUCCUAAUGUUGAAAUAUUGUUAUGUUCUGGGAAUAAACUCUCUUCAGG